AUGGCAUCGCAGGAGGAGCUGCGCAGAAGCAUUCUGGCCCAUGAAGCUAUGCCAGCAUUGGUGGAGCUGCUACACUCCACUGACAACAACACUCUCAUCAGUGCAACGCAGGCUGUGGCUUCACUGGCCUGUGAUGCAGAGGCUAGGAUGGAGCUGAGAAAUGUUGGAGGCCUGUCAACUUUAGUUCAGUUGCUCAAAUCUAUCAAUGCUGAAAUUCGAAGAAAUGCUUCCUGGGCAAUUAGUGUGUGUGCAAACGAUGAAAUAACAGCUCUAGAAUUGUGUAAUGCCGGAUAAGAAUGGGUCAUCAGGUUCCUACCAUGGAGGAAAUAUCCAAACAAGUUGUCAACCAACAUUGAGCCACUAUUGCAGUUAAUGGGAAACCCCCAGAUCAGUAUGUUAAGGCCAAGGGUCAUGCUUUGGCGAUCCAAACCUACUGUUUUAAAUUACUGUCACAUGAAUCUUGCUCAAACAUUGUGUCAAA